UUCAUCCAGCAUGGUCAAGUUCUCCAAGCAGCUCGAUGGCCAGCUUGUUCCCGAGUGGAGAUCGGCCUACUGCGAUUACUGGCAGCUCAAGAAGGAUCUCAAGCAGGUCAAGCUGGUGCUUCGCAAGAAGCAAAUUUUAUCUCCGGGUGGGGGUGGUGCUGCUGCUAGUGCUGAUGCCGCUGGCUCUUCUCCCUCGCCCGCCGAUUCUUCGCCCCUCAGGACUUUCAGCGGUCUCACCAGGCGGAAGAUCUUGACAUGGAGCCAGAGCGAAGUCAUUCGAGUGCAUCAGUUGCCCCCGGACGAGCUUUACGAGACAGAACUCUUGGGGCCGAUUUCACAGGUCGAAGAGGAGAAGAUGUUCUUUGCCCGCCUGGAUGGCCAGCUUAACAACGUGAACAAGUUUUACAGGAGAAAGGAGGAGGAGUACUGCAAAAGAGCCGAGGCUUUGAGCAGGCAAAUGUCACUGCUGAUUGAAACGAAGCAAACGCUGGAGUUAUUCUCAGGUGAUAACUCUGCGGGAAACAGUAGCAUUGAGAUGGGAAAUUCGCUUGAACGGCAGCCUAUAUUCGGUCCACAGGACGUGAAAUCUCCGGCAUCUCCUACCACUACGAUAGCGUCCCUCUCGCAAGCAUUGAUACACCAAUCCAAGAAAAACAUAUCUCAAGAGACGGACAUCCACGCGACCAAGAAAAAGGUUCACUCUGCAGAGAAGGUGCUGCGCUUGGCAUUCAUCGAGUUUUAUCGUGGCCUUGGAUUGCUGAAGAGUUUCAGCUCUUUGAACGUGGUGGCAUUCGCAAAGAUUUUGAAAAAAUAUGACAAGGUGACUGGCAGGAAAGCAAUGCCGACUUAUUUGCGGGCAGUGGAAAGCUCGUUCUUUAGCAGCUCUGACAAGGCCGCUAAUCUCAUGGAAAAAGUGGAGAAGCUUUUCACGGAGCAUUUCGCAAAGAACGACCGCAAGCACGCAAUGACGUGCUUGAGACCAAUGCAGCAAAAGGCGUCCCACACGGUCACAUUUUUUCUCGGAGUUUUUACGGGAGGUUUCGUCGCAUUGCUGGCUGCGUUUCUCAUCGUCUCGCACAUCACUGGUAGCUAUAUCUCAGCCGCAGAAACCAUGUCGGAGUCUAGCUACAUGGAGUCCAUAUUUCCAACUUUCAGUAUGCUGGCACUGGUACUGCUACACAUGUACAUGUAUGGCUGCAACGUUUAUGCUUGGAGACGAGAACGCAUCAAUUACCCAUUUAUAUUUGAGUUCCAGCCCGGCAAAGAACUCCGGCACAGGGAAAUAUUUCUCCUCAGCACAGGCCUCACGACAGUCGUUGUUGGAGGAAUGGUGGCUCAUCUGGUUGCGCACGUCAAAGCAAAAGCCUCAACAAGCGUCGACCUCAUUCCUGCUGCUAUCGUUUUGAUCUUUCUGGGAUUGCUCUUUUUCCCGUUCGACCUUUUCUACCGUUCGAGCCGUGCUUUUUUCACGCGGUGCCUCCGCCAUAUUGUUUUCGCACCGUUUUACAAGGUGGUGCUAGCGGAUUUUUUCCUAGCUGACCAGCUUACUAGUCAGGUAACGCUCUUCAGGCACUUGGAGUUUGUGAUUUGCUACUACGGUUGGGGCCAUUUCAAGACCAAGAACACAGGAGCUUGCGUUGGCAGCUCCAAAGAUAUCAUGUACUUCGUCUCACUUAUACCAUACUGGUGGCGACUCUUACAGUGUCUUAGACGAUGGAUUGACGAGAGGAACAGAGCUCAUAUUGCAAACGGUGGGAAGUACUUGUCAGCUAUGGUGGCUGUUGGAAGCCGGCUUUCUUACAUUAAAAAGGGUACCACAACUUGGCUCGUCAUGUUUAUAAUCACCUCGACGAUAGCAACGUUGUAUCAGCUCUACUGGGACCUUGUUAUCGACUGGGGCCUUCUUCAGCCUUGCUCCAUCAAUGCCUGGCUCAGGGACCGGUUGAUUCUCAAGCACAAAAGCUUCUACUUCGUUUCAAUGGUGUUGAAUACUCUACUUCGUUUUGCGUGGCUUCAAUCCAUCACGAACUUCCAGUUUACGGGCCUGGAUCGGCAUGUCACGGAGUUUAUCUUUGCUUCGCUAGAAGUUUUUAGAAGAGGGCAAUGGAAUUUCUACAGGAUUGAGAACGAGCAUCUCAACAAUGUUGGUAACUUUCGAGCAGUCAAAUGCGUGCCACUGCCGUUUAGAGAGACGCAAGACAUCGAGGUUUAACGCAAAUGUAAAACAUGUGCUUAUUUUUUAAUUUAACACAAAGUUUUCCCUU